CAAUGACUAACGUUACACUAGAGAAACUUGGGCAAUGUUAUGAAAGUACUCUUUGAUUUUGUUCGUUAAGGUUGUCAACGCAACAUAAUCUACACAAAUACCACAGCCUAAAGGUGGACUAACAAGCAGUUUUGCUGAUGGAGAACUUUAUACUAUAUGAAGAAAUAGGAAGAGGAAGCAAAUCUGUUGUAUACAAAGGCAGAAGGAAAGGUAGUAUACACUUUGUUGCAAUUAUUUGCAGCGAGAAAUCAAAACGACCAGAAUUAACAAACCACGUGCGGCUGACUCAUGAUAUCCAACACGAUAAUGUGGUGUCAUUCUAUGAGUGGUAUGAGACCAGUAACCAUCUAUGGCUCGUUGUGGAGUUGUGCACUGGUGGCUCACUUGAAGCAGUUAUAUCUCAAGACGAAUGUCUCUCUGAAGAUGUUGUCAGAGAAUUUGGAACUGACCUCGUCAGAGGGUUGAAGCACAUCCAUGAAUCUGGUAUCGUGUUCUCUGAUCUCACUCCUGCUAAGAUUUUAUUGGAUGGGCCUGGUACACUGAAGUACUCAAAUUUCUGUCUGGCCAAAGCUGAGGGUGAAUGCCUGGAAGAGUUCUUUACUCUGGUCCUGUCUGCAGAAACGGGAGCUGGAGACAGCAAAGACAUGGCCCUCAGUAAAAACAUAAAGAAUCGAGUUCAAGGUUCUCCUGUGUACCGUGCUCCUGAGUCUGUCAGAGGAGAGCCCGCCAGUGUCUCCAGUGACCUCUGGGCCUUAGGAUGCAUCUUCUAUGAGAUGUUUACAGGGACACCUCCAUUCUUUUCCGAGACCUUCGCAGACUUGAGUGACCUCAUUUUGCAUGAGAACCCCCCAACACCAAGGCAAAAAGGAGCUGCCUGCUGUAAACUCAGCCCAGAAUUUCAGAGCCUACUGACAGACUUGCUCCAGAAAGAUCCAAAGAAGAGGCUGGGUUGGGUGGGACUCCUGUCACACCCCUUCUGGAGGGGGGCGUUCGCAGAUCAGCCUGCUUCAGAGGAGGAGGAAGAGGAGGAGGAGGAAGAAGAGGACUCCCUGAUUUCCAGCCUGCAUCUGGUGUCACUGGGGGCGCAGGGAUCGGAGGGGAGGCACAGCAGGCUGACGGGGCGUGGCAGCCCACACCUCAGCAAGUCCUUCACAUUAGAUAGUGUCAUAGAGUUCAAACCCAAGUCUGCCUUGGACGACGAUGCCAGAGAGUCCGUCUUUCUUCUCAGCUCCCGCGCCACCCCGAGAACAAGCAGUGCUGCCAGGGAGCCGGAGCGCGAGACGCCCGUGAGCAGGGGAGAUGAUGAACUGGUGGAUGCCCAGACCGACAUCAUGUCCUACAUUAAGGAGCUGCUGUACACGGACACUGACCUGGCAGUCACACCUAUCAUAGAUAAUCCAAAGAUUAUGAAGAAUGCUCCUCUGAGAUUUGACUCAAAGACACUCUGCGUUCCAGCAUACUCAGCGGAGCGGCUGGUGUCGCUGAGCCCGGAGGAGUGGUCAGCCUUCCUGCAGCAGCUGAGCGCAGCCCUGGAGGUGAGCGACAGCAGCAAGGGCUCCACGCCGCGCGCCAAACUCAACCUGCUCAGCUACCUGUGCUGCAUCUCCCCCGGCAACCGCACGCUCACCACCCGCCUCAUCAACUCCUCCCUGUUCCCAGUGUUGACCCAGCAGCUGCGUGUGGCCCCAAACUGGGACGUGAAGACCAAAGUGAUGCGAUUGCAAGGUCUGCUGGCCCUCCACUGCACGGAGCUCAAUGAGGACACGGCCAUUUCAGAGGCCGUGGCAAUGUUCACAGAGCUGCUGCGAGAGAACUUCAGGAACAGCAAACUGAAGCAGUGCCUUCUGCCACCACUAGGGGAGCUGUUGCAUCUCAUUGCUUGUCAGGAGGAGAAAAAAGAGCACCCAGGAGGAUUGUGGGUCGUUCCUGCUGCUGCCUACACGGUGUUAAUGAGGUGCCUUCGGGAAGGGGAGGAGCUGGUGGUGAAUCACAUGGCAGCUAAGAUCGUGGAGAACGUGUGCAGCACCGUGUCUCACUACGCACAAGGCUUCAUCACCCCUGAGAUCGGCCCCUCUCUCUGGUACCUGUUCACCCACUCUACAGUGGACGCCAUGAGGGUCAGCGCUGUGUCUGCCCUGUGUAAAAUCACGCGCCACUCGCCUGCUGCCUUCCAGAGCGUGAUUGAUAAGGUGGGGCUGCCGGCGCUGCUGAGCUGCCUGGGCUCCGGGGUCAGUCGGGUGCAGCAGCACAUGCUGACCAUGCUAGCGGCCACCUUGGCAUCUGGAGUCCACUCCCAGCGCCUUCUCCAGGACAAGGACUUUGUGAUGAAGAUUGUGCGCUCCCUGGAGAGUCCGUCUGCAGUGAUUCGGGCCAAGGCCUUCCUGGUGCUGCUGCAGGUUCUGAUGCACAGUAGAGACGUGCUGCUGCUGUGCUGCAACUCCAGGCUGGUGAUGUACAUUGAGAGAGACAUCAGAAAGGCCACGCCAGGGAAGGAGCAGCAAAGCGGCAAUGAAUACCUGUCAAAAUGCCUGGGCCUGUUCAUUCGUCACAUCACGCUGGAGCUGCCAACCAUCCUGGAUGAUAUCCUGUUUGCACUGGACAGCAUCGUUGGCCGCAAACACCCGUCUCCUUCACAAGCCCGGCAGCUGAAGCAGAACCUGCCUAUGAUGUCUGUGGUGCUGCAGCUGCUCACCUCGCAGAUAUUCAGGCCACAGGUGGUGACGGAUCACUUGCUUCUCAAAUUUGGGGCAAUUCUGAAUCACAUAACGUCCAUUGAUUCCAAUGAGAUGAGCCUGGGAAGUGCUGUAGGCCCCAGCGGCGCCGAGGACCUCAUCAGGACCACGCUGAGCGCAGUGGAGGCAGUGACCCAACACCCGGCCCUGCUCACCCCACACCCCCACACGGUUGUAGAUUCCAUUCUGCCACCAUUGACAUCACUGGCCUUCAGCAGAAAUGUUGAGUGGCGCAUCGUGAGCCUGCGGGUGCUGUCAGAGCUGGCACUGCUGCUGCUGAGCCAGGAGGAGCUGGAGGAAGAUGGAGGAGAGAUGAGCAGCUCCUCUAACGCCAGACUUCUGAGUCUCAUCUCUGAGGCCCUCCUACCACAGUAUGAGUCUCUGCUGAUGGAGCCUGACCCUGUGCCAGUGUACGCUCUCCGACUGCUCGUGUCACUCACUGAGCACAGCUCCCAGAUCAGCAGGCUCGUGGAAGAGAGUCGUCUCCUGCCUGUCAUCUUCCAGGUGGUCAUGGACCACCAGACCAACGUGCUGGGAGGCACCAUGCAGAACGCCCUGGCGCUCCUCAAUAACCUCAUCGACGAGAAGGAGGGCCACCUCCAGCUAUUCUACCAGCAAGGUGUGGUGGAGCUGGUCAGCAGUGUCCUGCUCUACCUCCAGAGAGAGGAGCUGCUGGGGGUGAAGGCCAGUGUGUCCCUGCUGCUGUCCCUGCUGGAGAUCCUCCACAUCCUGCUCAAACAUGUGUCCAGCGUCGUCCGCCAGGCCCUGCAGGCCCAGAGAGCUGAGAGUUCUGAAGAGACUCAGGCUGCCGAGGAGCUUCUUCUCAUAAACAAGCCACUAACUGACCUCAACAGCCUCCUCAUUCAGAUGCUGGCGAGCGGCGAGCCGGAGGUGUACGAGGAGGCCAGCCAGUGCCUGUCCCUGCUGGCGCAGCUGUACGGCGGGCAGCGCCCCGACUGCCUCCUCCCGGAGGAGCUGCUGAGCCUGGAGCAGGCGCUACAGGGGCACCCCCAGCCGCGCGAGCAGAGGCUCCUGCUACGGGUCAUCAAACGCCUGAUGACGGCCUCAGAUGGUUCCUGCUGGUCAUCAGUUGAAGGUCAGAGCCUCAUCCUCCUGCUUCAGAGACUCUCCCAUCAUUCCAGGGCCCAGGCAGACGCUGCAGUGGGAGCACUCGCCACCGACAUCUUACAGGGGAUUGGCCACUCGGCCCCAACGGAGCUAUAAGGCAAACAAUGCACUCUAUUUAUGCUCAAUCUGUACUUUGUAUUUAUUUUUUUUAUACUGCACAUAUAUUAAAGGACACACGU